AUGGACACCCAACUGCUCAAGCUCUAUUCUGCGUUUCCUCUCGCAGCAAAAAUAUCACCCAAACAGCCCCUUAAUUUCCCCUCAAUUGCCCGAAUUUAUAGUAUUAAAGUCUCGCUUUUUCCAAUAUUCCUUAACCCGAGCGGCUGGAAUAAACCGGGAUUUCACACCACGGCAGCCUCGCGGAAAAACGACGCCGCUUUCGACGAGGCGGCUUACGAGGCCGAGCGGCUGAGCCUCGACGCCGCCGCCCGAGAGUCCAUGGCCCAGAGAUGCGAAACGGAGGCCCGAGACUCGGACGACCCGAAGGCCUGGAAAUGGGUCAUCAGGAAACGGGUCUGGGACUUGAUGGAGGCCCGAAACAUAGCCCAGUUCCCCAGGCCCGUCCACCAUCGCAUUCCCAAUUUUGUCGGUGCCCAUAUCGCUGCUGAUAAAUUGAGUGAGUUGGAGGUUUUCAAGAAUGCGGACUGUGUGAAAGUGAAUCCUGAUACGCCCCAGAAGCAAGUUAGAUUCCUCACACUAAAUGGUGGAAAAAAGCUGUUGACUCCUCAGCCACGUCUUAGAACGGGAUUUUUCUCAGUUCUUGAAAACUUGAUGUUAAGCCCGAGCACCAUUAAGGAAGCGUGCACUUCGGUUGGGGUGGCCAAAUAUGGCAAGCCAAUAGGCUUAGAUGAGAAGAUAAAAGUGGACUUGAUCGUCAUUGGUUCUGUUGCUGUCGACCCCAAAACUGGGGCAAGACUUGGCAAGGGUGAGGGAUUUGCCGAACUCGAAUAUGGCAUGCUACGGUACAUGGGUGCCAUAGAUGACUCAACACCUGUUGUCACAUCAGUGCAUGACGAGCAACUGAUUGAUGAAAUUCCGAUGGAGAAAUUGGUGGUUCAUGAUGUACCGGUUGACAUCAUUUGCACUCCAACCCGAGUUAUUUUUACCAACACCCAAAUACCAAAACCUCAAGGAAUAUACUGGGACAAACUCUCUCCCGAAAAGCUCGGUCAGAUUAGAAUAUUAAGAGAGCUCAAGAGUAAAAUCGAACGAGAAUCUGGGGAAAAGCUUCCCUGUGGCCCAUCUGAGAAAUUGCCCCCUACUGCCCGAAGGAGACGCUGA